UUCAUGCUACACACAUGUACCGGACCUAUAAAGUAAAAUUUUCACAGUAAUUCUUAUUUUACGCUCACCUGGUUCAAUGUGAUGAAAUAAAACGUAGGUUGUACCUACGUGGCGAGAACAAGUUAAAAAUUAUUCAUAGAAAUAAAUAUUUUUGUCUAGUAAGGUUACGUUAAAUUUUACGUUAGGCUUAAGCAAGAAAAUCAUAUUUUCUUAAUAGUUCUAACAAUUAAAAAUGUCUAAAAGAAUUCAACCUGCUUGGUCACCUCCGGUUCGAAACAAGGAGCGACCAGUUUUAAAACUUUACAAUAGUUUGAGCCGACAAAAAGAAGAAUUCAUACCCGCUAAUGGUAAUCGUGUCAACUGGUACAGCUGCGGCCCUACAGUCUACGAUGCAUCUCACAUGGGACAUGCGAGAUCUUAUAUGUCAUUUGACAUACUCAGGAGGGUAAUGGCUAAUUAUUUUGGAUAUGAUAUUUUAUAUGUCAUGAAUAUAACUGAUAUAGAUGAUAAAAUAAUUAAAAGAGCCAGACAAAAAUAUUUAUAUGAAAAAUAUUUAAAAGAACCACGGAACCUUAAUGACACCAUUGAUGAUGCAGUCAAUGUUAUAAAUUACUAUGAGGAAGCUGUAAAAAAUGCAGAAGAUCCAGAUAAAAAAAAAAUGAUGCAGAAAACAUUGGAUGAGAUUGCGGCCUCAGUAAAAGCCCUUAAAGUUGCUAUUGAAUCAAAAGACAAUGAAAGGAUUAAGAAUUCAAGAUGUGAUUUAUUAACAUCAGCAAAGAGUCCAAUCUCUGACUGGUUAGAUUACAAAUAUGGAGAAACUGUUACAGACAAUGCAAUAUUCACAACUCUACCUAGGUAUUGGGAAAAUGAAUUUCAUAAAGAUAUGAAAGCACUUAAUGUAUUACCACCGGAUGUACUGACAAGAGUAAGUGAAUAUGUCCCUAAAAUAAUUGCAUACAUACAAAAGAUUAUUAGCAAUGGUUUUGCAUAUGAAUCAAAUGGCUCAGUAUAUUUUAAUGUGAGUGAGUUUGAUGGAAAUGAAAGGCAUCAUUAUGCAAGAUUAGUGCCUGAGGCAUACGGUGAUACUAAAUCGUUGCAAGAAGGAGAAGGUGAUCUAACUGAUGAUGCAGCAGAAAAGCGAUCACCAAACGACUUUGCUCUAUGGAAGCGUAGUAAAGCUGGUGAGCCAUCAUGGGAUUCCCCAUGGGGGGCAGGUCGACCCGGGUGGCAUAUAGAGUGUUCCGCAAUGGCUUCGGAUGUUUGCGAAAAUAAACUUGAUAUACACACAGGAGGCGUCGAUUUAAAAUUCCCUCAUCAUGACAACGAAUUGGCCCAGAGCGAGGCACAUUUCGACGAGCCCGGUUGGGUUAAUUAUUUCCUUCACACGGGACAUUUGAUGAUAGCUGGCUGCAAAAUGUCGAAAUCUCUGAAAAAUUUCAUCACGAUCUCGGACGCACUGAAACGCCACACCGCAAGACAACUGCGGUUCGGUUUCCUGCUACACGGAUGGAAGGAAACUUUAGAUUACUCUGAGAAUACAAUGGAAAUGGCCAUUCAGACAGAAAAACAAUUUAAUGAAUUCUUUUUGACAGUGAAAGAUGCUCUUCGUAGCGGCUACGACGAGGGUUGCGGCGGUGGAUGGGAACCGGAGGAACAGCGGCUGUUUGCUAAACUGUCAAUGGUCAAGGAACAAGUUCACGCGGCACUCUGUGACAACAUCGACACCCGCGGCGCCAUCGACGCCUUGCGAGAGCUGGUGUGCGCGUGCCACGUGUACCUGCGCGGCGCGCGGGCACGGCCCAGCCCCGCGCUGGCGGCGGCGGCGCGCUACGUCACGGACGUGCUGCACGUGUUCGGCGUCGUCGAGGGACCCAGGGGCGGCAUCGGCUUCCCGGUCGGAGACGCUGACGGUGUUUCGUUGGAAGAGACUGUGAUGCCGUACUUGGAGGCGCUGAGUGCGUUCCGCGAGCGGGUGCGCGAGGCGGCGCGCGCGGGGCAGGGCGGCGAGGUGCUGGCGCUUUGCGACGCGCUGCGGGACCGCGUGCUGCCAGACCUCGGCGUGCGCCUCGAGGACAAACCAGAUCGGACAGUAGUAAAAUUGGUCAGCAAAGAGGAACUGUUAAAGGAGAGAGAAGAGAAGAAGCGUUUGGAAGCAGAGAAGCAAAGAAAGAAACAGGAGUUACUCGAGGCGCAACGUUUGAAGGAGGAACAAAAGAAAAUAUCACCCGCCGAAAUGUUCAGGAAGGAAACUGACAAGUAUUCGAAGUUCGAUGAAAAGGGUCUACCCACGCACGAUCACGAGGGCAAGGAGCUGAGUAAGGGUCUCCUAAAAAAGCUACAGAAACUACAACAAGCACAAGAGAAGAAAUAUAACGAGUAUUUAACUUCUAUAAAUACUUGCUGACGUCGGACUGUGUAUUGCGUAAUGAUUUUCUAUUUUCCAUUAUUGUAUUCUUUGCAUUUUUCAAGUAAGAUAUAAAUAGUUCUAAUCACGUCUCUUUUAUUUUCUAUGAAGGAUAUUUCCAACAAAGUGCUCAAAAUAUAGUGGCCGGGCGUAUUUAUAUUCAAUUUAAUCUAAGUUGCUUUAUGUCUAAUACUCGAGUUUUAGUUUAAUGUAUUGAUUUACUUUAAAUUAGGAAACGUUAAAAAAAAUGCCGCUUUUUUUCUAUUAAAAUUAACUUGUGUUAACUAAAAGGAGAACCUUGUAUUUUGCCGUCGGAGCUCAGUAUUAAGACUCGUUUUUUGCACACUUCGUUGUUUCCAUUAUUUGUAUAAAUUGCAACAAAUAAACAAGA